AUGUUCGCUACCACCGAAGAUCUUUGUCUGCCUGUCCGCCCGAAUGUAACACGACGAAGCUACUCGGACUCGUUCAAGCCUCAAGCGAACGUGAACAGACAGAUCGCUGGUGGUCACGACCACUAUUCGAAGGCAAACAUGUCGGAUCUGGCGGACGAGAUCCAGGUCAUCGAGGAGCAGCAGACAGCUAUCCCGAUCCGAACCGGUCUCGAGCGCAGACACUCGGAUCGUCAUUUGGAUCUCGAUAUUGGCAGCGUCCAUGCACGCGAGAGAAGACCUUCUCCUCUGUUUGAGAGACGCAAGAAGGAUGACAUCGAUCUCCUCGUCGAUUGCACGGACAGCAGCGACGACGAGAAUGACGACGCUGAUCGUCAGGCUCAAGACCAGAACACUCGAGGUCGAGAACGUCACACCAAGCCACUUCUGCUUCCCGAACAGACGACCACCCACCAUCGCCUUCAGCGCUACGUCAAUGACGUUGACAAGAAGCGUAUCCAUUCGACACUGCAGGUGGAACACUGCUUCAAUCGAGGUCGCCAUCUCGACAAUCGUGCUCCUCUGAUGGAGCUCGACAACGAAGAUUUGCCACAGCACAAGGGCCGCUAUCCCCAAAGCAACAACAAGCAGAGUCUCAAGCACCGACGUCGGGGUUCAAGGCUGGCCCCACCCAGUCUGUCAGGAAACGAUCACGAUACGAUGGUUUUCGACAACUUUGAGGACCCCAGUCCAAUCUCGUCGGCCUCGGAGCAAGGGCAAGACGGCAAGGAUCCCUUCGACGCCCAUCUCCACUUUGUGCGUCCUGCUAUGCCCAUCUGUGCCAACCCGGGUGCUUUUGCAGGACUCGAAGCCGUCGUGACCCCUCCCGCCACCAGGUCCCCGGACGAAAAGGAGCAGGAAGAUGACAUCAUUCGGGAACUGGAAGUUCAGCGCAAGCGACACCGCCUCGGUCACCACCGUGCCGUAAGCGAUCUGUUCUCGUUGCCCACGACGGGGGUCAAGGUCAUUGAUAUCAGGGCCACGCGUCGCCGCGCAACGGUGGGAUCCGAGGCCAAGCUGCGUUUGCCGGCUCUGCUUCGCCGACAGUCGGACUUGACUUUCUGA